AUGUCAUCAUCGACUGAAACCAAGCCAGUAACUUCCAACGAGGAGGUUGUAGACUUCUUGGCAAGUUUCCUUGACCGUACCACGAUAAAGGCUGACGAGCCCGCGGCAACAAAAUCCAAGCCACUCGAGUCUAAGUCGCAGUAUACCUUCGUCGACACCCUGGAGACUUUGUCUGAUGUAAUUGAUGAUCUUGUUGAUCUCCCGACCAGCCCGCCAUCUCUCUAUGUCGACCUGGAGGGUAACAACCUCUCCCGCCAUGGGACCAUCUCGAUCCUUCAGGUUCACGUCCGCACCACUGGGCACACCUACUUGAUCGACGUUCUCACCCUUGGCUCCCUCGCAUUCUCUACCUCGGGCAUCCUCCACGCCGAGACCACCCUCAAGUCUAUCCUUGAGAGUGACCAGAUACCAAAGGUCUUCUUCGACGUCCGCAAUGACUCGGACGCCCUCUACUCCCACUACAAUAUUAGCCUCUCAGGCAUCCACGACCUCCAACUCAUGGCCCUCGCUACCCGCAACCCUGGGCAGCGAAGAGUCAUCUCCGGUCUAGCCAGGUGCAUCGAAAAGGACGCGCCCCUCUCCCUUGCGGAGAGAUCACGGCUGGCCGCUGUAAAGGCAAAGGGGUCGGCGCUGUUCAGCCCUGAGAAGGGGGGCAGCUACGCCGUCUUCGACGCGAGGCCCCUGUCCAAGGAGAUUGCGGACUACUGCGUGCAGGACACGGCGAUCCUUCCCAGGCUGUGGUCGCACUACGACGGGCAGCUGAGCAGGGAGUGGGACGGGAGGGUGCGGGACAUGUCGAGGAGGCGGGUGAAGGAGUCUCAGUCGCCCGCGUUCAACGGCAAGGGGCGGCAUAUGGCGCUGGGUCCCGUGGAGUGGGCCAUGUUGAGAAAGUGA